GGAAGGAAGAGGAGGGGACAGAGUCGGGCCUGUGCGACACUCGGCCUUUCUCUGCAAAUCUGUAGGCUCCAGUGGAGACUAAAGACGCUCACUGGGGCUCCUCCAAGACAUCAGGUUCUCCUCUGGGCAGCCUCCCUGGGCAGGGCUGUGGGGAGCCAACCGGCAGACUUAGGGGACCCAGUUCCCCCCAAAUCAAGAACCACCUCUGUGCAGACAACCACUUUACUUUCCAUUCUGCUGCCUGAGACAACCACAUCCUCCUCACACAUAACCCCAGGCUCCCAUGGAGAGCUCAGAUGUGGAGCUGGACCUCCAGCGGAGCGUACAGGCCGUGCUCCGGGAGCUCAGCGCCCAGGCCCCCGCCCUGCAGAGCAACCAAGGCAUGUGGAGAUGGUCCCUGCACAAGAAGGUCGAGCGAGAUCCUGCCAAGAGUCCGGCGCUGGUCCGCAUCCUACUCAGAGAACUGGAGAAGGCAGAAAGCGAAGACCUCCGGCACGUCAUCAUCCCCUUGCUGCACACUCUAAUGUACGUGCUCACUAAGGCCACCGGCAUCACGGAGGAGCUGUACCGGAGAACCUACACCUUUUGCACGAGGCUGCUAACCCUGCCCGCCCCCUACUGCACGGUUGCCUUGGACUGCGCCAUAAGGCUGAAAACAGAGACAGCUGUCCCAGGGACGCUGUACCAGAGGCUGGUCAUUGCCGAACAGAACCUGACGAGUGAGCUGUACCCCUACCAGGAGAGAGUGUUCCUCUUCGUGGAUCCUGAGCUGGUCUCUCCCUCUGUGUGCAGCGCUCUGCUGCUGGAGAUCGAGGCGGCGCAGGUGCAGCAGACCCCAGAGGCCUGCAUGCGCCACGUGGUCUCCCACGCCCUGCAGGCAGCCCUGGGGGACGCAUGCCAUGCCAGUGCCCUGCAGAGGAAGCUGAAGGCCAGCCCUCGCGGCGCCCUGGAGCGCUAUUUCCACGCUGUGGUGGCAGCGGUGGAGCAGAUGGCCAGCGACCCCAGCCCGAGCCGCGAGGGACACCAGGAGAGGCUGGAGGAGAUCUACUGCUCGCUGCUGGGGCCGGCGGCCGCCGCCAGGGGACGCUACUGCGGUGACCCCCUGCAGGACCCACAGCCAAGCAUCCCUCUGCCCAGCCCCCACAUCACCUUCCACCUGUGGACCGAUGAGGAGCAGCUCUGGAAGGAACUGGUCCUCUUCCUGCGCCCGAGAUCCCAAGUGCGCCUGAGCGCCGACCUGGAGGCCUUGGACCUGCAGGGCCUGUGGCCAGACCGGGAGCUGGCCCGGGCGUCCAUGCUGUCCACCGACAGCGGCAUCGAGCGGGACCUCCCUUCGGGGGCCGACGAGCCCCCGGGACCGGACAGCCCCGAGACGGAGCGCGCCGGGCUGCAGCGCAAGGGGGGCAUCAGGAAGCGGGUGUGGCCCCCGGACGUGGCGAUGCCUGCGUGCUGGGCCGGGCCGCAGGGGCUGCACCGCAGGACGGGGGUGCCCGGCGGGGUCGGGGAGCUGGUGCCCGGCGUCUCCCGGCUUCACACGGCCAGGGUGCUGGUGCUGGGGGACGACAGGAUGCUGGGGCGCCUGGCACAGGCCUACCACUGCCUCAGGAAACGAGAGACUCAGAAGUUCUGCCUCACCCCCAGACUCAGCCUGCAGCUGUACUACAUCCCCGUACUGGCGCCUGAGAAGCCAGCGUCGUGCAGACAUUCGGAGCUCAGGGAGCUGGCCACGUUCCUGGGCCGCGCAGACCCGUGGUACGAGAGCACUGUCAACACACUGUGCCCGGCCAUCCACAAGCUGGCAGAGAUGCCCCCUUCCCUGGACACAUCCCGGAAGGUGGACCCCUUCAUCCUGGAUGUCAUCACCUACUAUGUUCGCAUGGGCACCCAACCCAUCUAUUUCCAGAUCUACACAGUCAAGAUCUUCAGGGACCUGAGCCAAGACCCCGCAGAGGAUAUCUUCCUCACUGAGCUGAAUGUGAAGAUCCAGGACUCCAAACUCCCCAAAGAUGGCUUUUCACCCAGGAGGAGGGGUGUGGCUGAGGGCCCGGGGGCCGAGCUCUCCAUCUGCUACCAGAAGGCCCUGCUCAGCCACCGGGCUCAAGAGGUCACCAGUUCCGUGCGGGCCACCGGGCUGGUCCUGAAAGCCCUUCCAGCCAGUGACACUGAAGUUUCGGGGCCCACCCACACUCCACCAUCUGCUGCUCCCGUCACAGACCACACGUGCCUGAAUGUCAGCGUGACGGAGGUCGUCAAGUCCUCCAACUUGGCGGGAAGAUCCUUCUCUACGGUGACCAAUACCUUCCGGACAGCCACCAUCCAGAUCCAGAGCCAGGACCAGAGACUCCUGACGCUGCUGCUGGACAAGGAUGGUCGGCGCAUGUUCAGGGACGUGGUCAGGUUCGAGGUUGCUCCCUGCCCAGAGCCAUGUUCUGGGGCGCGUAAGACCAAGGCGCCGUGGCUCGGUUCACACCAGCUGGAGGUGGAAGGCACCAAAGCCAAGCCCAAGCCCCUUCUAAUGCCCAUCAACACAUUCUCCGGCAUCGUCCAGUGAGCCCGAAGGGGCAGCAGAAGCGCUGAGUCCGAGAGCCCCAGACCAAGAGGGAUACACUACCCCACCGACCUCCAAACACUCACGCCAGCAGCUGGAACAAGGCCUGGCUGCCCUGGGUGGCUUCUGGCUGUGAGUAGGAGCCAGCGAAUGACCUGAGCAGAGGGAGCGUGGCCAUGGCAGGUGAUGGAGCAGGGCCCACGCCCUGGCCUGAGGACGGUCCCUGCAAAGCUGCGCACAUGCACGACCCAGCUCCGUGCACAACUGUCCACACCUUCAUUUAUUUCUAGUUCACGCCUCUCCCACCCAAGCUCCCCAUUCAGCCCUUAAAACCCAAGUGUGAGCUGCUAUUUUGGCCCCAGGCACCAUGGCCUGGGGGAAGCUGGGGAGCAGAGCAAGGGCAACUGCACCUGUUCUCUCCUGAGUCUGUUCCUUUCUCUCCCUCCAGCCACCGCCCACACCCUGCCUUCCCCGGGCAGGUGUCUCUCCUGGAUGAGAGGAAAAUGUCAGAUCUAAUAAAGGCACACUAAAGCA